AUGCAAUUUGGACGUUUGUCCGCAUUUUUCGUCUUUUUCGCCAUUUCGACGUCGUGUGUGGCUCAGAAUGGACCAGGUUAGGCUUAUUAGGAUAGUUUUUUAUUUAUUUGAGCUGUUUUUUUAAUUUUUUUGAAAGUCGGUUUUAUUUAAGAUGAUGAUUUAAUUUUUCUAUGUCAGUUCCAGAAGCUUGCGUAUAAUUUCCUCGAUUUUGUACAUAAAAAAAUUGAGAGUUCAAAAAAACUUGAGGUCAUAUUUUUGUCACGUUAUCAUUCUGAAGUUCUGGUCCGCUAGACUACAAUUUUUUUUGACUUUUUGUUUUUUUAUUUUAAUUUCUUCUUCCUUUGUAACAAACUUCAAAAAAAUAAGAUUUCAAUCGAUAAAAAUCCAGUAAAAACAGGAUUUUUGAAAAAUUCUUUGUGCCAAGAUUCCAGAAAUUCAUAGCUUUCGCCAACCAAUUCUAACGGUCGUAAAAAAAUGUAUCGAUUGAUAUUUUCAAAGGCCAUUUUUGAACAAAAAAAUUUGAACCUUAUGGCUAUCUAUUUGCCUAUCGAAUCAGAGCCAAUACUUUUUAAAAAAAUUUUUUUCUUUAAUGAACUUUUUAGCCCUUUUGUAUGGAUUGAAAUUUUUUUUUCUGAAUUGUGAUAAAAACUUUUUUCUUGAACCUUUUUCUAAAACCACGCCAUCCUGAUUUCAACGCCUCCACAAUCCUCGUCAUUCAGAAUGCGUCAACACGACCAUAACCCUGACCGGAAAUUCCCAACCAUUUGUUAUCAAUUCUUCGACGACUGACCUCAGUCCCAAAUUCUGCAGGUAUACGGUACGGUUUUGGGCGACAAGUUCCUUUUCUCGCAUUUUCCGAACCCUUGAACAUGUCAGCUUCUAAUCAGUCGUAACUGACGUCUUUUCGAGCUUUUUUUUCCUUAUCAACAAGAUGAUUUAUGGAAUUUUCGGCUGAUAAAACGUUAAGAGAGCUGCUGUUUUUGAGUGAAUUCCUUGAAGAAGUUUUGAUAGGUGCAAAGUUAUCAAAGGGUUUGAAGUAUUCUUUUCAAAACACUUACUAGGGCUACUAAAUGCUUAGAAUAUUUUUUUAUACAGUUAUUCUUAAAAACUAGCGAAAGUAAACGGUGAAGAUCAAAAAAAUUUUUUUCUAUUUUGGAAAAAAACUUACGCCUGACGCGUAUUGGCCGUAAUAUUGCGUCGUUCUGCGCCAAAAUUGUUUUUACCCCAAAAAAAUUUUUCGCGGUAAAUUUUUUUAUCUUUUUGUGUAUUUCUAUGAUUAUUCUAAGAUUUUUUUCUUUCUACAAAUAUAUUUAAACCUCAUAAGAAUUUUCUUGAAGACCUUUUUUCUAUUUAAUUUCAACUCUGAGCGUUUUUCAGUUCAUCGUCGACAAAUACACAAGACCAACAGUUUCCCUUCAAACAGUUUCUCUACAAAAUGAUGACGCGAUUUUCGUCAGUCAACAUUAUAAAAUGGGCGGAUUUUAUUACAAGUAAGUGUAUUUUUACAUAUUCUAACCGAUUUUUAAUUUAUUACAGUUACGGUGGCAGCACCAACCUGACGAGCUUCGAUCUGACUCCAACAAAUUUUAACAUCGAUUUAUAUUUGAAUCAUCGAAAUGCUCAAGAAAGCUUUUCAGUCACCGUUACAGUCAUUGAUGGUUGGUUUACUCGGUUUUUCUUUUAGGAAUUUGUUCUUAUUUUGAUGAGAUGAGUUUACUUUAUUAUCAGUUAGUUCAUCUUCAUGAACCUUAACUUUUUUUUUUUAAAGAACUUUCCUUAUAUUUGGCAUUCUGAGUCGCCCUUUAAGGUUCCUCUCUAGGGAUCGGUUUACCUCCCAUUAUAGGGCCACUAAAGCUUGCAAAAUAGGUCUCUCAAGAGGUUAUAGAUAGUGGCCCCUCUAGGGACAUGCUAGUUGAUCAUUUGCUGUGGUGCUCCUAAGUGGGCUAUAAGCUUUGAGAGUAUCAUACUGAUUUCUCGAGCCAGAAAACCGUUUUUGUGGUUCAUAGAAAAAUUCUCAUUGUUUUUUACCUUAACCUAGUAGGAAAGUCUCUAUAAAAUUUGCUGAAAAAGAAGAGAAAAAUAAAGAUUUUUCCAGUAACACCGAGUAUUUCGAAGCAAUGGUCGGUCGGCAACGACCUGGCCGAAAUUAUCGACGCCGAUCAACUUGUCUCCAACACGACCAUCGUUCUGAGGCCAUACCAGCCCCAGGAUCUGACCGUCCGUUAUAUCGAGUUUUCUGAUUUCGUUAAGGAGAUGGUCCUUCCUUACAUUUAUGUCUACGACGGCGAUACUUUUGUUGGAACGUUAGUGAUUUUUUUUUUCAAGAGUGAAGUUCGGAAAACCUCUUUCUUCAAAAUGAGUUUCAAAUUACUUCACUUUUUCAGAGUCUACGACAUGCUGGCUCUACAGAACAUUUCCCAAGCUAUCACCGGAAGCGCCUUAUCUUUUUUGAAUACCCAACCUUCUUCUGAUUCGAAUUUCGCCCUUCUCGUCUCCGCAGAUUACGGUACUCUUCGAGACCUGAUUUCCCCUUAAGAGGACACUCCAUUGAGGAUCUCCAGGGAUCCAAGGAACCGUCGUUUUGCGGAAAAUGCCCACGACUAACGCCACGGAAACGUAUACGGCUACGAACGGCCAGACGAUUUUCCACGUGAUCAGCGACAAAAACCAGGGGACAACCAUUCCUUCAACCGUGAUCGGCAUCGACUUUGUGAGUAGUGGAAAAAUCACCAAAAGCUCAAAAUUCCAUUUACCGCUUUUCUUAGGAACGCCAAGUUGUCCCUAUAGGGGUAAAAUAUAGGCGGUCCCUAUAGGGGGGCACCUAUAUUCAGGGUUGGACCCCUGAGACCCUAAAGCUCAAGUGGCCCCUUUAGGGAAAAUUAUCGAUGCACUUUUCCUAUAAGAGCCACUAAGUAAAACUCUAUAGGGUCAGGUAAAGUGGUCCCUAGAGGGAAAAAUAAAAAGAAAAUUUUACGGAAAGCUGCAAAGUAUUGAAAAAUCUUCAAAAAUUGAGUUUUUUUCUUGGAGCGCAUUUCCCCGUAGGGGAAGCUUUUCACGUUUUUUUUUCCUUUUCAGAAACGUGACUUUUUAGAACUAGUUUCAUCAUUCAAAUUUUGUUUCUAAUAUACUCUGUUUUUGGCGAUUUGAAAAUGCUGUUUCUCUGCGCUCUCCUGGUCUCUUGUGGACUCUCUCAUGUUGACGUGCUAUUUUUAUGUUUCUCUGACUCUGACCUCGCCGGUGAGAAAACAGAGUGGCGCAGACACUAGAAAGGUCAAGUCGCGACCAGCCGACUGUUGUAGAAGAUUAGCUCCACUGAGAAUGGCUCAAAGCGUCGCGGUCGCGUUGCGGUUGGACUUUUUCGAGCAUUCCGCAGCUUCUAUUCUUUAUUCUUACUAUUUUUUUUUUCAUUUUCCAGAGAGGAGAAGGAGUCCUGACCAUUUACGCCGGCUGUUCUGUGACCGCGACGGACGCCAGAAGAAUCGCCACGAUCACGUUAGUCAGAAGCGAACCGCGACGCGGCCGCAACGCGAUCAGUUUUAUUGCAGCACAGACACCGCCCAGAACUUUGUCCCGCUGAAACUGCACAGCCGCUGCCGAACCCUGAUUCUGAGCCGAGGGAUCGUCAAUCUCCGGACGAUGAGAGCGUGUGAGUCCGCGUCGCGGCUGCUCAUCCGCGCGUCGCGGUUUCCGAUUUUUCAGUUUAUGGAGAUCCCCACGUGAACGUCGGACAACAAGGCGUCAUCAUGUCCAACGAUUUUCCACUUUCCGACCCGGAUUCGGAUAAAACCUCGAAUUAUCUUCUCCAAGCGAUGGGUAGGGUUUUUGGACGUGGAAACGAAGCGCAGAUUAAUGCAUUUCUUAUGGUGUAUACUUCUACCGAAUCUUAGUGAUACUUAGGAACUUUAGAUUGUUCCCUAUAGGGGCAACGCUAGAGGUCCUUGGAGGGUCCCCUUUAGGGAACACUCUACCAACCUCUAAAGGAGCCAUUUAAGCUUGCACCUACAGGGGUUUUAGUUAGUGACCUCUAUGGGGGAUACUAGUCUGCUAUUUUAGGAACUCUAUGAGAAGAAAAAUUUCCAUGGGAACUCACUCAAGAAAUUAGUGUAUUUUGAAUAAAAAAUAUCGAAAGAGGAUGAAUUGAGCAAGUUUGUCUUUUUCAUUUUGUUGUUUUAUUUCUAUUUUUUGAGAGUAUUCCUGAUUUCUUUCUAUACUUCCAGAUAAAAAUUUCCAGUGAAAUGUUCCAACUUUCAAAUUUCAAAAUUCAACAGGACAUUUUUCGAUAAGCUUGUUCGAAAGCGCGUUACAACUUAUUAUAUUCAAAAGCUACAGAAAGUUCAGAUUCCAAAAAUAUGGACAAAAAUUGAUUUUCAAGACUUUAAAUGUUUUUGACUUAAGAUUUUACAUUUUGAAGGUUCGACUUCAGAUUCCCAACUAAUCAACAUCAACUACGAAUUCGCGUCAUUCGAUCCCAGUUCCUUGCUCAAAAUUGACGUCUACAAAAAGAACAACCAGAAAGAUUCUUCGACGUUGGCUCUUCCCUAUUUUCAAAGUCCCAAUCAAUUUUUUCCAGCUACUCCCAAGCUCAAAAGCCUCCAGCUAGUGUAGAUCUCGGACCAAGCUAUCAACAAAUGACAUCUUAUCAAGUUCCGAAAGGAUCUGUCGGCUUUUUGGUCAGGUAUACGAUCGAGAAAGCUACCAAAGGUAAGGAAAAAUGAUAACAAAAAUUCGAAAAAUAUUUUUUGUAGGUUCCUUAACAGCGUCCUUUGGAAUUGUCUUCGUUACGAUGAUAAUCAAGUUGAUAAUUUAA